AUGCAGAUCACCAGCACCCUCCUUGUCGCCGUCACGGCCUUCACAGCCGUCAGUGCAGUGCCCGCGGAGUCGGAGCACAAGCUCAACGCACGUGAGGUCGCGCGACGCGAUAAUGAACGACGCCAAGAUGCCCUGGGUGAAAUCGAAACGCUCCUCAGUGAAGUAAAUCAACUGACGAAGAUGUACGAUUCGGUAAUCGGUGACUCAUCGACCACGACACCAGCGUUUGGAACGUCAUCAUCGGGAUUCCUGACGCAGGCGACGUCAACAGGCCUAGGAAAGAGCUCGGGUGCGACAGCCACAGCGACGCUUACGCCGAAGGAUGUCCACGCAAAACCGACGCUCAUGCCGAAGGGUGCCCACAGACGCCAAUUGGGAGAAGAAAUCGAAGACGCGAUGGAUAAAGUUGAAGAGGCAGAGUCGCUGUACAGCCAGUUUGCUGGCGGAUUAUCAAAGUCGACGAAGGCGGUACGAACAGCGACGGCCGCAUCUGAGGGAGCGAAGGUGACGGACCCGAUCCUGCCAAGGUCGCCAGGCUUGCUCCAUGAUGUGGAGAAUCUCUUUGGGUUGGGAGAAUCAGCUUCCACGUCGUCGAGCGCGGACGCCGACGGCGAUCUCACCACCGUGACGUAG